UUACGUUCCUGGUGCUAUCAAAACAUACAUGCAUAUCGUGAUACAUCUUUAUAUGAUUAUUAUAUAUGUAUAUUCUAUUGAGUCAUGAAAUGAAGACACUUGCGUAUGCAUUUGUUGCUUUACUGUGCUUCGGAAUUAUGUCUUACCCUUGAUAUGGAGUGGAAAACAAUAGCAUUUACAAUAUUAGUUGUAAGUUUGUGUUUUUUGGCAAUACCAAUUAAAGUGGAUCCAGAUAAUAAUGAAGAUAUUAAACUUUUUCAAAAUUAUGUUAUUCGUUAUAAUAAAUCUUAUAGAAAUAAUCCAUCAGAAUAUGAAGAAAGAUUUAAACGCUUUCAGAGAUCGUUGCAACAUAUAGAAAAAAUGAAUGGUCUCCGAUCAUCACAAGAAAGUGCUUAUUAUGGACUCACUGAAUUUUCUGAUAUGUCGGAAGACGAAUUUCUGCUACAUACCCUCUUACCUGACUUACCAAUAAGAGGAGAAAAACACAUGAAUGCAUCGUAUCAUCGCAAGCAUCAGGUACCUAUUGAUCGAAUGAAAAGAUCAAUUAGUAUACCUUCAAGAUUCGAUUGGAGAGAUAAAGGAGUAAUAACUCCAGUACGUAGUCAAGGAUCUUGUGGUGCUUGUUGGGCUUUUAGUACUAUUGAAGUUAUUGAAUCGAUGUUUGCAAUAAAAAAUGGCACUCUACAUUCUUUGAGCGUACAAGAAAUGAUUGAUUGUGCGAAAAAUAGUAAUUUUGGAUGUGAAGGAGGAGAUAUAUGCAGUUUGCUCUCGUGGUUAUUAGUAUCAAAAGUUCAGAUACUUCAAGAAUCUAUUUAUCCACUUGUAGGAAUGACGGGUACGUGUAAACUUGGAAAAAUGACAGAUAAAACAUUUGAUAUAAAGAUACGAGAUUUUACGUGUGAUAGUUUCGUAGAUGCAGAGGAUGAGUUAUUGAUAGCAUUGGCCACUCAUGGACCAGUAGCGGCAGCAGUAAAUGCUUUAUCCUGGCAAAACUAUUUAGGUGGAGUAAUACAAUAUCAUUGUGAUGGUUCUUUUGAUAAUCUGAAUCAUGCUGUACAAAUAAUAGGAUAUGAUAAAUCAGUUGCCGUACCACAUUAUAUUAUAAAAAAUUCAUGGGGAUCAAAUUUUGGGGACAAAGGCUAUAUGUACAUAGGAAUAGGCAAUAAUUUAUGCGGCAUAGCAAAUCAAGUUUCGUCAUUGGAUACUUUUUAAGAUAAUCCAUAAUAUAAAUGAAAAUAUUUGAAGAAAUAUUUAUAUCAAUUUUAAAAUGUAAAUAAAUUUAUAAAUGUGUUCUUUAAUUGAGAUAAGAAAUGACAAUAAUAUUAAUAAUAAUAAUAAGAUAUAUUAAAUUAUAAUUCUAAUAUUUGUUAUACAAUUAACAGAAUAUUUAUGUUAAUAUUGUACUGUAUAUUUAUCUUUAUACAGUCAUUUACAUAUUUUUUUUAUAAAUAUUUUAAUAAAAUACUAUAAUAAAAUAAAAUAUAAAUUUAUUGUCGACACUAUAUUAUGCCUUCGAUAUUUCUAUUAUCUUAAUACUUACGUAUUCUGUUAUUUAAGGUAUUAUCAAAUUAUAAUCAUCAUUUCUUUUUAUAUCCAUUUUACAUUUAAAAUUGUUUUAAUUAUCAUCUGAAUUCCAACCAUUGCAGGAAACAGAUAACAUUGAUUUCAUUUCUUUCGUUAAUGGUGGAAUCAUAUGACGAGGUAUCAAAAACGUGGAUAGAUUGAAUAAGUCCAAAAAUACUUUGUACCUGUCACUAUUGAUGAAAAAUCGAAAUUAUUGAUGAAAUGUGUCUAUUAUAAUAAUAAUAUUAUAAUAUUUUUUAUAAAUAUAUAAUAUAUUUUUUUUAACCUUAAA